GUGGCGUAGGCCGCAAACACUCUAAGGUUUUGCCCCUCGAGGGAAGCCACAUCGGGAUGAGCUCUGCUGGAGACGAAGAGCGCGCUGCUGCGAGCGGAGAACAGAUCCGCCCGCCGGUGCAGGAGGGCCGCGACGCGGAGCUUGCAAGUUUGCAACGGCAGAUUUCGCAAUUGGCGGCCCUGGUGGAGGAGUCGGUGAAGAAGAAGGAGCCUGGUAGCGUCGUGGCGGAUGCAGCCAGUAGUGGCGGCUGGAUUGCCGCCACCGGAGGCCAAGAUCAUCCCCUGCUGCCGCACGGCAGAGGCGGGGGAUUUCUCCAGCAGCAAGCGAGAGAUAGUGGGCAAGGACCACGGCAGCUGCUGGAAGGCGGCUGGGCCAGCAGAUCGGGAGCGAACCCUGUUGGACCAGCCGGAGUGGGCCCGGGCAUAGGACCGGACUACGGGGAAGCGAGGGGGUUAAA